AAAAGUUUUGACCGGUGUCACUUCUCUUUCACCUUCCUCCCCAUAUACAGCUCCACAUUAGGACUGAGCAACACAGCAGGUUAGACAAACCCACACACAAACAUCUGUUUUGUAAUUAUGCAGGUAUCAAAAUUUUAAAACACAACAAAAGGCAACAGGGAUUGGAUUUGCUCUUAUAAUCACCAUUCGUCACCCGAGGGAAAGUCAACAAACAACUUCCAAGUGGAUUUGUCAUUUGCAGGGUUUGGGGUUCUAGGAGAGAAACGAUGAGUGCUGCGCCAUGGUUAUCAGUUUUGCUACUGUUUCAUGUUGUUACAACUAAAACUGGUGGUGCAACAACCACCGGAGUUACAUCUGUAACUGGAGAAACAACAACUGGAACAGAAACAACAACCGGAAUGCCGACAACAACCAUAGUGGAGAUGACAACCGGAGCAGGGACAACUGUUGGUGCAACAACUACUGGAGAGUCAACUAAAACUGGAGACGCAACAACCGGAACACCAACAGCUAAAGUGGAGACAGCAACCAGAGUAGCGACGACAACUGACGAUGUAACAACCACUGGUGUUUCAGCUGCAAGUGAAGAAACCACAACUGGAAGUGAAGAAACAACAACCGGAAUAGUGACAACAACUAUAGUAGAGACGACAACCGGAGCAGUGGCAACAACUGAUGGUACAACAACUACCGAAGUUUUAACUACAACUGAAGAAGCAACAACCGGAACACCGACAGCUAAAGUGGAGACAGCAACCAGAGUAGCGACGACAACUGAUGGUGCAACAACCACUGGUGUUUCAACUGCAAGUGAAGAAACAACAACUGGAAGUGAAGAAACAACAACCGGAAUAGCGACAACAACUAUAGUAGAGACGACAACCGGAGCAGUGGCAACAACUGAUGGUACAACAACUACUGGAGUUUUAACUACAACUGAAGAAGCAACAACCGGAACACCAACAGCUGAAGUGGAGCCAACAACAGGAGUAGCGACAACUGAACUGGAGACCACAACCGGAGUAGAAACAACGGGUGGUGCAACAACUACUGGAGUUUUAACUGCAACAGGAAUAGCGACUACUGAAGUGGAGACAACAACCGGAAUAGCGGUAACAACUGAUGGCGCAACAACCACUGGAGUUUCAACUGCAACUGGAGAAACAACAACUGAAAUAGAAACAACAACUGGAACAGCGACAACAACCAUUGAAGAGACGACAACCGGAGCAGUGACAACAAUUGUUGGUGCAACAACUACUGGAGAGUUAACUACAACUGGAGACACAACAACGGGAAUACCAAAACCUGAAGUGGAGACAACAACCGCAGUAGUGACAACAACUGACGGUGCCACAACCACUGGAGUUUCAACUGCAAGUGAAGGAACAACAACUAGAAUAAAAAUGACAACCGGACUCGCAACAACUAGUAGACCCACAGUAGCAACAACAACCAAAGGUGCAACAAAAGCUGAAGUGGAGACAACAACCGGAGUAGCGACAACAACUGACGGUGCCACAACCACUGGAGUUUCAUCUGCAAGUAAAGGAACAACACCUAGAAUAAAAAUGACAACCCGACUCUCAACAACUAGCAGACACACAGUAGCAACAACAACCAGAGGUGCAACAACAACUAGUGCGAUAAACAAAACCACUCUAUCUACCACAACCACAGCAACAACAACUACCACAACCCUUCCACCGCCUCCGGUUGUUAUUACCGUUGUUGUCAGGGUUGUUGCAGUACUGUUUGUAACAUAUGUACCAGAAUUGGCUAACCCCGAGAGUCCACAAUUCAUUGCGCUUGCUCAACAAGUCUUUUCAGUGUACGACUUUAUAUACAGAAGGAGGUACCCAACCUACAGCAACUGUGUCGUUAGAGGCUUCAGGCCCGCCGUGGCCCGGGUCCGGAUGGAAAACACUGAGGCGGACGUGGCCAUCGAGUUCAACAAUAACACCCUAACAGAUGAAGCAAUUCCCAGCGGAGACGCCGUGGUCGAAACGUUACAAGAGGCCGUGGCUGACCCCAACAACAAUUUCACCGUGGCUUUUGAUGAGCAGUCCAUACAACUUGUCACAACCACUGUCGCACCGACAACAACUGACGGUGCCACAACCACGGGAGUUUCAUCUGCAAGUAAAGGAACAACACCUAGAAUAAAAAUGACAACCCGACUCUCAACAACUAGCAGACACACAAUAGCAACAACAACCAGAGGUGCAACAACAACUAGUGCGAUAAACAAAACCACUCUAUCUACCACAACCACAGCAACAACAACUACCACAACCCUUCCACCGCCUCCGGUUGUUAUUAUCGUUGUUGUCAGGGUUGUUGCAGUACUGCUUGUACCAUAUGUACCAGAAUAUGCUAACCCCGAGAGUCCACAAUUCAUUGCGCUUGCUCAAGAUGUCUUUUCAGUGUACGACUUGAUAUACAGAAGGAGGUACAGAACCUACAGCAACUGUGUCGUUAGAGGCUUCAGGCCCGCCGUGGCCCGGGUCCGGAUGGAAAACACUGAGGCGGACGUGGCCAUCGAGUUCAACAAUAACACCCUAACAGAUGAAGCAAUUCCCAGCGAAGACGACGUGGUCGAAACGUUACAAGUGGCCGUGGCUGACCCCAACAACAAUUUCAACCUGGACUUUGAUGAGCAGUCCAUACAACUUCUUGUCACAACCACUGUCGCACCGACGACAACUACCGUCGAGGCGCUCACGACGCGACGGGUGACCUUCCGAUCGGCGGGAGAGCGGUUCACCACGGACUUGUUGGAUUCAUCUACAGCAGCAUUUGGCAUUCGAGCAUUUGUUAUCAAAACAACGCUUGAACCACGGUACCAAUCGAAAUUCACUUCAUUCCGAACCUUGGACGUGGUUUCAUUCAGUAAUGGCUCCAUCAUCAACAACAUGGAUAUAACUUUUGAAUCUGGCUCGGUGCCCAACAACAGCGCCAUCGCGAGCGUUCUGGUGGACGCCGCCGACAACCUCACGGGCUUUAACAUAGACACAUCUUACAUUUUUGUGGAUGGCUCGCAAGUUUCACAUGGAUCGAAUCACAAAGCAAAUUUGAUGAGCACCUCCUGCCUUGUGUUGUUGUCAUGGUUACUGGCAAAGCAGCAAUAAUAAUGGGAGUAAAUGCCCUGACUUUGAAUAUUAUUACUAACAAUAUCAUUGGUGGCAGUCAUUUUAAAUGUAUCAUAUUGUGAAAUAUUCCAACAAAAAAACAACAACAACUCAUCAUGUGGUUUUCCUACAUUGGCUUUUCAGACUAAAUCAGAGUUGAGCCAACCUUUACAACUUAUUACAUGAAAAGAAGUCCUCAGUCUCAUAAAAUAAGCCAUUGUUUUCUGAAAACGUCAACAAAAUUUAUCAUAAAGAUACAUUUUUGUAAAAUGACAAGAGUGUUUAUCACUGGCUAAAACCGCUCUUAUCUAUUUCCGCCCUGAAGACACAUAAAUUAGGACACCCUUACAAACCGUCAAAAUGGUAAGAUCAUACGAAUAAAACACGACAUUUAA